CUUGGUUCCUCACCAAAAUCAAGAAGCACACACACUGUGAAGAUCCUUCUUGCACUUUACAGGAGGGUCUUUUGAGCCCUCACAAUGUCAGCAUCAGAAGAAAAUGCAAACAUUUGUCUCAAUAGCCCAGAAAGCAUGGGGAAUUUUUAUAUCCGAAAGGAAACCUGGCUGGAAGUACCUGAUUCAGCUUUUUGCAGUUUGCUCUGCAGUUGGCUUUGUCUCAAGCUUUCUAUUGUUCCUUGGCAUGCGCUUUUCCCUGGCACACAGUCCUUUGGGUCCCUUACUGAUAGCUGGAUUCAUCUGGAUUUUGCUUUCUAUCGUGCUCUCGUGUUUCAAGCACCUGCGCUGCUUUAGUGUCCUGUUCCUUCUUUCUUGCGGACUGCGAAAUGGUAGGAAUGCACUUAUUACGGCUGGCACAGGUGUCAUGGUGGCUGGCAACAUCCAAAAUAUAUUUCACAACCUAAAGGUUCUGGCAGACAGUAUAACCUGUCAUUUAGAGUAUGAACAAUUUACCUUGAUAAAAUAUUAUGUUGAGGCAGUAAAAUGGAUUUAUGAGAUGACCAAGCUUUCCUCUGAUCUAUUUAAACAUAUAGUGUUUCUAAGGCAUGAAUUCACAACAUCUUAUUCAAUUUCAGAUGAUGCAUUAAAACAAGAGCUAAAUGACACAAAGCAAGAAAUCGAGAGAGUUGCUAACGAGGUAUCUUUUAUGCUGACUAUACUGCCCUAUAUAGGCCAGAAAAUACUGCCUAUAGUGGGGAUUUUUCUAGCUUCUUUUGGAACCAGCCUCUUUAUCAAAAAAUUUGUGGGCUCUCACAGUGCCAAAUAUAAGAAUACUUACAUCACAAAAGAGUUCAUUAUAUUUGAUGAGCGCCAAAAGCAACAGCAAAGACCCUGUCUUCUGCCACUUAACAAAAAAGAAAGAAGAGAUUAUGUAAUAAUCCCAUCUUUCUGCCUCACAAGGAAGGACAGAAAAAACAUGCAGCACUUUUUCUUUCCUGUAGUUAUUCAUCUUUGCAUCUGGCUUCUGUUUGCUGCAGUAGAUUAUUUGUUUUAUUGGUUAAUUGUUUCUGUGAGUAAACACCUCCAAGAAAUACCAGAUACAGAGAUUCAGCUCAGCCUCUUUCAGCGAAGGAAUGAGAACAGCUUUAUCUUUGAUAUGAGGGAGCAUAUUGCAAAGACUGAUCCUUUCAAGAUCUCUUUGUUUAAGCAUGACUGCCUCCCUCAGCCAGAGCUUGCACUCUCCACAACAUGGAUCCAGCUUGGAGUCAUCACCUUCUUCUUAAUCAUUUUUGGGUUAUUCUCUGGCUUCCUGACCCAACUUAAAAUACUCGUGUUGACUUCAUUUUAUCCUGACACAGAGAUGAAACGGAUACAUUACUUGCAUGCAAAAUUACUGAAGAAAAGAGCAAAGCUACAAGAGAAAACUGGGAAGAACACGUUUGCUAAAAUGGUCAACUUUUGGUUUCCAAUACUGAAGGCAAGAGAAUCAGUGAGGAAGAAAGAAAGGAGUAUGUCGAGGGACAGCAGGGUGUAGAAGAGACAAGUGAAUCUUUGGCUAAGGCAGAGAUGCUCUAGCUCCACAGGAACCUGUGUUUUGCACACAGAAUGGCACAGCUUAUUUGUCAUCUUCAUGUUUGCCAGACACUGAAGAUAGAAGAUGCAUCAGAGGUUGCUCAUUGGCUUCUGGGCUGGCCAAGAACCUAACUAUACGGCUUAGAAUUUUCUAGACUUUUCUAUUUUUCAACCUUCAACUGCCCCAAACCCUUCAGCCUGGUUCUUCACCAUCUCUAGCUCCAUAUACCUGCUCCUGACUCUGCAGCAGUCUCUUCUGCAGGGUGAAUGCUCUAUUUGCGCUGUCAAUCUUUCAGCUCAGCUGAACUCUCCCUCACACUUUGGCUUCCCUACUUACUUUUGGUUAUGCAUCUCUCAGAAGUUUCUAAUCCUAGUCUCCCACAUGGAAUUCCUCACUUGGUUUUAGUCUCCCCCUUUCACGUAUCCAUAGACUAGUUGCAGUUGCAAUUGCUAGUGCAAAUUGUCCUGUAUCUUUGAUGAUCACAGGAGAGACAAUGAAGCAUGUACAGAAGUGACAGUGCUCACAAGAGCUAGAAUACAUAGGAAUCAGGUGCUGUUGGUGCAAACAAGCUGGUUUUUGAGGUGUAGGCAUAUGCAAGCAGAAAUUAACAAUGCUUUGAAUCUUGCAGUCCAAAGGAGCUUGCAGAAGUGGCAAAAAUGGGCUUAAUUAUGUUGAUAAAGCCACCACUGACUUCACUGAAACAAAACUGAGCCAAUACUGAGUACUUCAGCUAUUUAAUGUUGGUGCUGUGACCUUCAUAUGACACAAGAACAAACGCUAAAAGAAUAAAGACAUAGCUUUUCUGAUGGCUUGACUGAUGUGGCACCACCAGAGAUAUUAUGUAGAGCUAAAAAUCCACCACAGGUAGUGUACUCUUGAUUUUCAGCCACAGCCAACUUCUUCAAGUUGCAUAAUAGCAAAUUCUGCUCUAAUGCCUGCAUGGUCCCAGGACAGUCAUUGAUCUAUGUCUCUGUUAUCCGAAUGAAUAAAGACUUAU